AUGGCAAGACCAACGAAGGACACAAAGAAUCUUGAGCGAGUGAGAGACAAUCAGCGAAGAUCCAGAGCUCGGAGGAGAGAACAUCUACUCGAACUCGAGCACCGGAUCCGUACCUAUGAGCUCCAGGGGAUCGAGGCCUCGUCUGAGGUGCAGCAAGCCGCCAGGAGAGUCGCGGACGAGAACAGACUACUCCGCGGUAUCAUCACAAGACAGGGUAUCAGCGAUGAUUACGUAGCGAGCGUCUUGCACUAUGGUGUUGCCCCGGAUCCUGAUCCGGGGCCAAUGUCACACUUCGCCUGCAGCAGCCCAAGCGAGGCAGUUCAGGCGUUGCAACAGGCCUUGGUACCUCCGAGACCUGCACCUCACGAUCAGCCGGCUCCAUAUCCAAUCCCUUCCCAGGAAAACCGAGAGCAGCUCAUGAACAGUGAGCCGACGACUGCGAAUCCCUUUAGGGAACUAACACAGACCAACCAGCCAGGAAUUUCCUUUCCGCGUCCUCUGCCUUCCAACGCCCUUCCGCCCGUGGGACUGCCGGCGAUCCUUCCGCAGCUCCAGCCUCAGCAAUACCAUCAGUAAUACACCCCUACCGUAUUCUCUGGGCCUCACGUACCGCGAACUGAAGGGAUUCCUCCCCCUCCACACCAUGCUGACCCCGUGUCUGAAGCCAUCAUCACCAAUCCUAGACGCGCAGAGUCGAAUGCCGACCUGAAAUUGAGUCUGUGAGCCCCUUGGCCUAGAUCCUGUUCCUCGAG